AGCAGUGAUGAAGAGACUUCGGUCCUGGGGGGACAUGGAGUCCCUUGGUAGCAAUACGGAAGACAACACAGACAACAGUGAACAAGAUGAUUCCCCGUCUCUGAGGUCCUCCUGGUCCUUGGCGGACACCAUGAACUACGUGGGGCAGCUGGCAGGCCAGGUGCUGGUAACUGUCAAAGAACUGUACAAAGGAAUUAACCAGGCCACUCUAUCAGGCUGCAUCGAUGUUGUGGUUGUCCGCCAGAGAGAUGGAACUUACCAGUGCUCACCUUUCCACGUGCGCUUUGGCAAGCUGGGAGUGCUGCGCUCCAAAGAGAAAGUGAUUGACAUUGAGGUGAAUGGAGAGCCUGUAAACCUGCACAUGAAGCUCGGUGACAACGGAGAGGCUUUUUUUGUUCAGGAGACAGAGCAGCAGAAUGAAAUUAUCCCAGCCCACCUGGCCACCUCUCCCAUCCCCACUGAGGGUCACUUGUUCUGGAUAUCAGAGGUGGAGCACAGGGUAUCGCAGCUUCUGGAGGAUGACCCUGCUGACCCAGAGGAUCCGCCUGAGCCCCCUGCUCCCACCAAUGUUUCAACCAAAAAGAAAAAAAGACGUAGGAAGAAGCACAAAGGAGAUCCCCGGAGAGAGGAGCUGACCCCGCCCAUGGCCCACACCACUACCAAUACUAAUGCUGCUAAUGCCCCAGGUGCUACAACUUCUGGUCCACCCACUACCGGGCAGACUGAGGAGAUUUUUGAGAUGGAGCUGAGCUCCGAUGAAGAGGUGGCAGUGCAUGCCUCAAGGUCACCUUCAAUGACCAUGAUGCGGGACAUCGACCCCAAAUUACCUGCCGCCAGACACAACCUAGACAGUUACCCUUUUUCUGAUGAUGACUGGUCUGCCACUCACAGUCAUGGCCUGUCUCAGGCCUUCUCUCCUAAGAGUGACUCUGAAUUGGUGGUGAGGCCCUCAGAGAGCAUGCUCAGAGCUGAAUCCCAUAUGCAGUGGACCUGGGGAGAGUUCCCAGAAUCCACCAGGGUCACCAAGAAGGAGCAUCAGGAACCACCAAAAACAGUGACCAUCACUCCAUCAGACAACACCCACUUCCGCGUCAUCCUCAGCUCUGAGGCCAUGGAAAAUGAAGCUCAGUCAGGGGGAGCAAACAGCAAUGGUGCUAAUGCCAGCCUCAGUUCUGUGUGCACCAUUGUCAAGCCCGAACCACGUACCCUUGUCACCACUGUAACGCACAGGAGUUCUCUAAGCCCUGUCAGCCCCAGAACUCUCUCAGAGUCUCUGGAUGUUCUGCCAGCCAACAUUGCAACUUCCACCCCUUCCAACAGCCUCUCUGCUGCCAAUGCUGCUGCUCAGAUGGCUGGAGAAUUGGGUGAUGUCUGCUCCAAGACUGAAUCACCCUCCAAAAAGAAAGGUGUCCCAAAGAGGAGCCAGCACCAGGGUCCUGAGGAUAUUUACCUAGAUGACCUGAAUGUACUUGAACCUGAUGUUGCUGCACGCUACUUUCCCAAGAGUGAGUCUGAGACGACCACUAAGCACUGGAUGGACACGGAGAUGCAUUCUGGUUCACAGUCUCCACAGUCAGUGGGCAGCGCAGCAGCCGACAGUGGCACGGAGUGUCUAUCUGACUCGGCCAGCGACCUCCCUGACGUCACUCUCUCCCUCUGUGGAGGCCUCAGUGAGAAUGCUGAAAUAUCCAAAGAAAAGUUCAUGGAACAUAUCAUCAGCUAUCAUGAAUUUGCUGAAAAUCCAGCUAUCAUAGAUAAUCCCAACUUGGUAGUAAAGAUAGCCAAUAGAUAUUAUAACUGGACACUAGCUGCACCCUUGAUUCUAAGUCUGCAAGCAUUUCAGAAGAAUUUACCCAAGGCUACAGAAGAGGCUUGGGUAAAAGAGAAGAUGCCAAAGAAGUCGGGCCGCUGGUGGUUCUGGCGAAAGAGGGCGGAUAGCACAAUUAAGCAGUUGGAGACCAAACUAGAAACCAAGGAGGAGUCUCAGCUGGAGGAAGGGGGACCCUCCAUGUCUCAGGAGAAGCUGGUCUUACUGCCCAAAGCAGGGGACUCUUCCAGUGAUGAGGAGGCCAAGGAGGUGAGCGCCACCGCCUGUCAGGAGAGACUUCAGCCUGUGGAGGGUCAGCCCCACCCCAGCUCAUGCGCCUAUAGGAAGUCGCUGCGCCUCUCUUCUGAUCAGAUAGCCAGUCUGAAGCUUAAGGAGGGCCCAAAUGACGUCACCUUCAGCAUUACCACACAGUACCAGGGCACAUGCCGCUGCGAGGGAACCAUCUACCUGUGGAACUGGGAUGACAAGGUCAUCAUCUCUGACAUUGAUGGCACCAUCACCAAGUCAGACGUGUUUGGACAGAUCCUACCACAGCUGGGGAAGGACUGGACCCACCAGGGCAUCGCCAAGCUCUACCACUCAGUAGCUGAGAAUGGCUACAAGUUCAUGUACUGCUCGGCACGGGCCAUUGGCAUGGCAGACAUGACACGGGGCUACCUGCAGUGGGUCAAUGAUGGGGGCACCAUUCUACCCAGGGGACCACUCAUGCUGUCCCCGAGCAGCCUUUUCUCUGCCUUCCACAGGGAGGUCAUUGAGAAGAAGCCAGAGAUCUUCAAGAUUGAAUGCCUUACUGAUAUCAAGAACCUGUUCCAGAGUAACAAGCAGCCAUUCUACGCCGCCUUUGGGAAUAGAACUAAUGAUGUGUUUGCCUACAAGGAGGUUGGAGUCCCAGUGUGUAGAAUUUUCACCGUUAACCCAAAAGGAGAGCUGAUCCAGGAGCAGACCAAGGGCAACAAGUCUUCUUACGGCAGGCUGAGUGAACUGGUGGAGCAUGUGUUCCCCCUGCUAAGUAAAGAGCAGAACGAGGCCUUCGUCAUGCCAGAGUACAGCUCCUUCUGUUACUGGAGACAGCCCAUACCUGACAUCAACCCUGAUGAGCUGCUCUGAUCUCGCGUGCACACACACAGCAGGACCAUGCACUUGAAUGCACGUCAAGCACACACUUGGACUUGAACCCCAUCUUCUCACCGUAUUCCACAGAGUGACACACAUGCACUUUCUCUCACACACACAGGCACACAUUGCGAGGGUGACAGUGGUAGUCCUGCUAUUUGAACUUGCAGCCGUAAGAGGCGUGGGAGUGUGAACAGCAACUCCACAAAGCAGUUCCCAUUGAAAAAUAAGUGGUAGUUAUAUGUUCAACACAGCAAAUCCUGAAAAAUGACCCAAAAAAAAAAUGACAUCCCUGUGAGAGACCAAAAUCACCUCCAGCCUCCUGGCACUGUUUAUCGAGCCUAGCCCCAAGUCAGCACUGAUAAGUCCAGAUGAUCAUUACCCACAAUAGGGAUAAGGAUCAGAGACAGGGCUGUUUCUGUGUGAGCACACACCGAGUCCAGUUUCAAGGCAUGGCUGUGCUCUGCAUUUGCCAUCAGAGGACAGACUGAAUCCCUACACACUACCCCUAAGCACUGGAGUCUAGGGUGCAUAUUGUAACACACCCACUGGCAGGAGAUGAAUGCAUCUUCUCUAGAGUGGCAGUUGUAUUCUCACCCUUAACAAAAACCGCCCCUGAGCGAAGAACACUGUUUUUUGCUUUAAACCAGGGUAAUAAAUUGACCCUGCCCACCAUCAGAUAGUUGGGUAAUAUUUGCUAUGGCUGCUAAAUUAGUCUUGUUUAUUAGCCACUGUUGAAGGUCCCAUUCUGCUAAAAAAUAUCUAGUUACCUGGAGACAUGUGUUGGCAGGGUGUGUCAUUAACCAGCCUUAUGGCUGAUGGACGGAGAAAAAAAAGUUAACCCACCCUGAUUCCAUCUCACCCAUGAAACUAGGUAAGCUAGGUUUCUUUGGAUUGGUAUUUAAUUUUUCUGUUUCUUUUUGUCUCACAAGCUUUCUCCACUGGUGUUAAGUCUCUGGUUCAGCACUGAGUGUCACGAGGUAGAUGAUACAGGGUGGUGAAGCAAGGAUAAACCCCAGUCACCCCCCAUGUCCUGAGGAGGUGAAGUGAGACAUGAAUGAGUCAAUUGGUAUGGUUAAUAUUCAAGAUUAUGUUCGAGAUAUCUUUUGCUCAAUGUCUGUUUAAAUGAUGCACAGUUAUGUGAUUUAAAAAAAAAAAGCAAGUGGUUCAUGUUAUUUUGUGCAAGUUGUAUUUUUUAUACACUUAAAAUUGUUAGACACAUUUUUGAUGAUUCAUGUUUUUCAAUGACAAUGCAGUGGGUAUUUAUCAUAAUUGAUAUUGUUUAAGUUAUUGACUUGCUUUGCACUGCUUUGGCUUGUUUGAAAAGUGAUUACCAACGCGGCGUGAUCGCUCUUCACGUUGGUGUUUUGUGUGGUCGGUUGCAGGUUCCUAUGCACUGAAAGUAACUGGCACAGCCCCAGGAUAGCAGACUAAAUCAUUUUGGUGUGCCCGUCUUAAGGCGGCACUAAGAAUUGUUAUACAGCUUUUGUGUCACAACUCUUAUUUCUAUUCUGAUUUAUCAGCUAAUCUUUUUUUUUUGGUUCGGGGGGGGGGACAUAACACAUGGGGUACAUAGACAUUCCUUGGACAAAGCCCCUCAACUAGGAGCCAUUAUCAUUGUAAUGUGUGUGUUGAGGUAAAUGGUAUUGUGUGUGAGACCAUUCAAGUGAGCACAUCUGUUUGCAAGCGGUUAAAAUAGAGGAUUUUACUCUGUGAGGCUCUCUUCAACAUAUAAGGUGUGUGUCUGUGCAUGUGCGUGUGUCUGUGCGUGUGUUGUAUCACUAAGACUGAGUGCUGCUCAUGGGGUGACAGUCGCGUUCUCUUUAACUUGUGGUCAAGUCCCCGCUCCGGCUGCUUCGCCAGGCCUUGUCCAUGGCACUUUGUCUCGGCUGCACCCCCUAGACGAUCAUUCUGCUCUGCACACUUGUCACUGGCACACUCAGCCGCCGGUCUCCUCAGCGGCGACGGACCGGAGAGUUACGCAGUUAGCGCGAGACGGAGCCCCUGUGCUGCGCCCCUGUCGGGUCGUUGUGAGAUAGGUUGAUGCAGAGCGUCGCUGUAAAGUAUUGUCUGCUGAGUGUUUGUAUAGCAAGUCGGGCGUUACCGUCUGUAGGCUGCUUUGCAUCAAAGAUGGACAACUGUUGGGAUUUAUAAGCGGGCUGCCAGCGACGCCGCGACUUUUACCUUUUGCAGUUGCGGUUUUGAGUUUGUUUAUUUUUUUUAAAUAGUUUCUCAGCUUUGAAUCUUAUUUGAAAUGGGCCAAGAACAAGCGUCGGGUCUGUGGGCACGAGUUACCUGCUAGCGUAUGUGCCCCCCCCCCCGCGCGCGUGUUCGUGUGUGUGUGUGUGUUGGAGGGAGGGAGAGGGCCGAAUGCCACCGGUGUCUCGGAGCAGAGGAAGAGACGGUGGGUGUUUGGACGUCUGACUAAACAGGAAACGUUGGAGUCCAGGGAGCACUUCGCCUCGCUGGCGUGUUACAUGUUUGCCGGUUUAUGUUUGGGAGAACUGCAGUCAGAUGUGCCGGUCCUAAGAAGUCUGAGCUGUACUGGUAGCACGAGUGUAGUCAUCGUCUGUUAGGACACAUUUAUUAGCUUUUCUUUUUUUUCUUUUUUAUUAAUAAGUAGAAAAGCUCACGAGUCGACAACCGUUUAUUGAAAAGCACAACAACGUACGAUGACCCACUGACCUGUUUUGUCAGUAUCGAUAGUAGUUAUUUAACAGAGAGGUAUUAUUCGUUUGUAGUAGCCGAGCUGGUUUGUUUUCUGUUCGUGAGGAAUACGAUGUUUGCUUCGCUCCCAUUCUACUUCAUGUUGUGCCCUUUGGAGAUUGGAUGACGUAAGAUCCGUGUCACGAUGAAGGCCGUUCCAUUCUUUCUGUGAAAGUGAUGCACGUGGUGAGAGAGAGAGAGAGAGCGCGCGCGCGCGCAGCUCAUCCCGAUCCGGACGCACGCGGCGUCGCCAGUACUGCGUGUUCCUACGUUAGUGAUGUUCAACACGCCACACGCUGAACUUCAAGUCGUUUUCGGUCCUCGUUGCCUUUUUUUCUUCUUCUCGUUUUUGUUUCAUUAACGUUUCUUAAUAUGAUGUACAUACUUCCGUGGAAGUACGUUUGGUUCGUUCUGUUUGAAGGUAAAGCUUGCUGUUUAUUUUACGUCUGAUAAAUUCCUGAAGUGUAUAUGUUGUACCGGUUUGUAUGGAGUUGUGGUUAAAAAUAUGUUUACAGAACAAAAUCCAUUGUAAGGAAAAGAAAACCUUGUAAAAGCCAGAUUAAGCUGACACGGUGUGGCUUGUUGUAAUGUUUGUGUUUAAUAAAGUUUCUAA